UGCAAGGGGCAGCCCAGGCCCUCUCCCAGGGAGCCCCCUGUCCCUGGUGGAGAGCAGUGAGUCCCCCCCCCAGCUCAGGAGCACGGAGCCGGGAGGAGGGAGGUGGUCUCUGCGCUUGGGGCGUGCGCGCCGCCGGGCGGAGCGGCCCCUGGAGGCCGCCAGGGCGGCGGGAGGAGCCGCCCCAGGAAGAGAGAGGGAGGGAGGGAGCGGCCUGCCGGCGAGCCGGGGCGCAGCGGGCGCGGCAGGGCUGAGCCGUGGGCGAUGGGGACCCGGUGUCCCAGGCAGCGCCGGCGCCCCCGGCAGCCGACAUGAGCCCCUGCGGGUCUUUCAACUUGAGCCUGGCCGGCGAGGCGACCUCGUGCGCGGUGCCCGGGGUCCCCAACGCGUCGGGCCUGCCACCGCUGCAGCCGCCGGCCCAGCCGUCGGGGGGCUCUGGCGCGUCGCCCGCUCUGCCCAUCUUCUCCAUGACGCUGGGUGCCGUGUCCAAUGUGCUGGCGCUGGCGCUGCUGGCGCAGGCCGCGGGUCGCCUGCGGCGCCGCCGCUCGACCGCCACCUUCCUGCUCUUCGCAGCCAGCUUGCUGGCCACCGACCUGGCCGGCCACGUGAUCCCGGGUGCGCUGGUGCUGCGCCUGUACGCGGCGGGCCGAGCGCCGGCCGGCGGCGCUUGCCAUUUCCUGGGAGGCUGUAUGGUCUUCUUCGGACUCUGUCCGCUGCUGCUGGGCUGCGGGAUGGCCGUGGAACGUUGCGUGGGCGUCACGCGUCCCCUGGUGCACGCGGCGCGCGUCUCGGUGGCCCGCGCGCGCCUGGCCCUGGUGGCGCUCGCCGCGCUGGCCUUGGCCGUGGCGCUGCUGCCGCUGGCGCACGUGGGCCGCUACGAGCUGCAGUACCCCGGCACUUGGUGCUUCAUCGGCCUGGACCCUCCGGGCGGCUGGCGCCAGGCUCUGCUGGCCGGCCUCUUCGCCGGCCUCGGCCUGACCGCACUGCUCGCCUCCCUGGUGUGUAACACGCUCAGCGGCCUGGCCCUGCUGCGCGCCCGCUGGCGCCGCCGGCGCUCGCGAAGGCUCCCCCAGGCCUCGGGCCCCGACAGCCGCCGGCGCUGGGGCACUCGCUGGACCCGCUCGGCCUCCGCUUCGUCUGCUUCAUCCAUCGCAUCCGCCUCCACCACCCUCCGCGGCUCCCGGGGCGGCGGCUCAGCGCGAAGAGCCCGAGCGCACGACGUGGAGAUGGUGGGCCAGCUGGUGGGCAUCAUGGUGGUGUCGUGCAUCUGCUGGAGUCCACUGCUGGUGUUGGUUGUGCUGGCCGUGGGGGGUUGGAGCUCCACUUCCCUGCAGCGGCCGCUGUUUCUGGCUGUGCGCUUGGCCUCCUGGAACCAGAUCCUGGACCCUUGGGUGUACAUCCUGCUGCGUCAGGCCGUGCUGCGCCAGCUGCUUCGGCUCCUGCCCCCGAGGGCUGGCGCCAAGGGCAGCCCGACGGAGCUGGGACUCGCGCGAAGCGCCUGGGAGAUCAGCUCGCUGCGCAGCUCCCGGCACAGCGGUCUCAGCCACUUCUGAGAGGCGCGCCCAGGAGGCCCAUCGCCCUAAGCCUGGCGCACCUGCCAAGCCGAUCCAGGCCAGGCAUCCCGUCGGGGCCGCAGUAAGCAGGACUUGCCACGCGAGGGCGCAGACGCACCGGACGCUCGUCCGCCGGGUGGGUUCCCAGGGGGUGCAGGUCCCAGGGGCCAGGGGUUCGAGGCUUCGGGGAGCAGGCGCUCCCGGCUCUGC